UGAUAUUUGUGUUGAAAGCAAUCAUGAAGGUUUGUUCGAGAUGCUAUGGUUUAUUACAAAACAGACGCAGACCUCUUCUGGCGCGAAUGUUUCACAGUUUAAGUCAAGGCUCUUCAUUCAAUAAACAUUCAACACAUGGAAAUAUAAACAGUGGAAUUACGCCACCAAAAUUCAUUUCUCAGCACACAAUUUCCUUGAACCCACUGCAGAAUCUUCAAAAACAUGUUUCUGUGCCAAUUCUUCCAGCAGAUAAGAUAUCAUUCUCUCCAACUGAAGAUCAGAUUUACCAAGGCCAUAAACUCUUCAUUCCAUCAGUCACCCACAAGAUUGAGCAUCUCAAGUCUGCAGUGUAUGAGGAUCAACUGCCAGAGCAUGACCUGCCUGAGGUGGCCUUUAUUGGACGCAGCAAUGUUGGCAAGUCCUCGCUGAUCAAGGCUAUCUUGGGAGAAGCUCCGGAGGCACGAGUCAGGGUCUCUAAGACUCCAGGUCAUACAAAGGUGUUGAACUUCUUUACAGUGGGUAAGCAGCUCUGUCUAGUGGACAUGCCUGGGUAUGGCUUCCAUAUGCCAGAACACUACGAGAAAAGUGUGGAAGGAUUCCUGUCUUCAAGAAAGAAACUGUCCCGUGUGAUUUUCCUUGUGGAUGGCACUGUAGGCGUUACACCCACAGACGUCACGGGUCUGAAUAUGAUGGAGGAAAUGAGUUUGCCCUACAUUAUUGUUCUAACGAAGAUCGAUAAGUCGAAGCCAGCAGUAUUGCUUAAGAAUUUCAUGUCGGUCAGGAAGUACAUCGACCAGCUUCCGGCGUGUCUGCAGCAGCCUUUCUUAGUCAGUUCGUUGACGGGUGAAGGUGUGGAGCUCUUACAGGCUUUUAUUGCUCAUGUCACGGGUCACCUUGAUGUGCGGACGUCAGAAGAACACAACCAUUAAUGGACGUUUGCGACGUCAUUGUUUACAGGUGAUUGCCUAAGAUAUGGAUGAUCAAAUAAGACAUUGUGUACUGAGGAGUACAGCGAGUGAGAUUUUAUGAUAUUUUUUGUGGUGGAGUAAAGAUAAAGUUGUAAAUAUAACACAUUUAAUGCAAAACACACCACUUUCGUUUUUAUAGAUGUCUGUAAUCCAUGCAAGCCUCUGAGCCAGAACUCUUUGGCAUAGCUGAAAUCUCUUAAGUAAGUACAAAUGAGUCGUACAUAUCUUGGAGUUUGCUAUUUCAUUUUGUGGAUAAAAGAACAUAAAAAUAUGCAUGUGUACACGCAAUUUGAUGUCAUAAAAACACAAAUAAACUCAACGAUUCUAAACAUGCAUUCUCAGAGUGCAGGAUCAUGUGACUUUGUGGGGUUCCCCCUUUUAACUUUAAUGGAUGUAUACACGACGGCAAGUGGUGAUUUAUUUCAAAUAACUGUUUAAAAUUGUUUUUCUUACGAAUUUCAACUAGUACAUACACGACAUAUUUUUAUGCUGCUCAUGGCAAUGUGCAAUACAUCGGAAUUACUUUAUUAAAUAAGCCUGUGUUCUUCUUACAAAAUUCGGCAUCUACUGAUUCAUUGAACACGGCUAUGCUUCACAUAACGUGAAGUUUUGUCAACGAUUUCAGAGGUAUUCAAGGAUUUAUUCUUAUACCUUAAGAUAUCGGCACAAACUGCAAGAAAAACUCUUGUAUGCACUAAAGACUUUUGCAAAUGUAUUUCAAAAACUUGAGAUAUUUGCAAAAAUAAAGUUCUUAUCAGUGUGUAUACAUUCUGUCCAUCCCGUGUUUAAAAUCGAGAAACCUGUUUGAUUUUGCACUCUUAAUCUGUUAAAUACAAACGUUCGAAGAAAGUACAUCCAUUUAAUAAUAAGUAAUUAUAUAUAUUACAACACAAUACAUAUCGGAAAAUAUUAAUACCGUAAAAUGGUGGGCAAAUCAAGAUACAUUGUGAACAAAUAAAUAAAUGAAUCUUAUACGA